GAGCAGCGCGGGCCGUUCGAGUACCAGAACGGCGAUGUGUACGACGGCCAGUGGCUCGACGGCGAGCGCCACGGCCGCGGGACGAUGACCUACGCGGAGGACGGGUCGACCUACGACGGCAUCUGGCGCCGCGGCAAGGAGCACGGCCGCGGCCGGAAGGAGUUCCUCGACGGGAUCUCGUACGUCGGCGACUUCGAGCACGGCAUGAUGCACGGCCAGGGCCGCUUCACGAUGGCCGACGGCGUCGUGCUCGACGGCGCGUUCCUCGAGGACGAGUGGCAGGGC